AUGAUGGACAAACAAAAGAACAAAGUUGUGUAUGGAGAGGCUGGGAAGGAUUUUGUUGAAGCUCUCUUGAGCUUCUUAACCAUGCCUUUAGAUCUUGAUGAAAAAUAUCUAUGGUCUCGUAAUUGCAAAGAAAUGCUACUCAACCCAAGGAAUUCAAUGGGAGGUUAUUGCGAGAUGGUCAAACUGAACAUUGACGACACUUCCACUAAUGUUUUCAUGUGUUGGGAUCAAUUAUGUAUAAGCAUUUUUAGCAAUCAGAAAUGCUCUUGUGGAAAUUAUGUGUUGGGAUCAAUUAUGUACAACCCGAUCGCAAUGAUGACUUUGAUUGCACUCUCUGUCUGA